UGUGUUCCUGUUCGAACGGCCCCUCCCACUCUGGUGCUGUGGUCCCCUCUGUGGUCUGCACAUGGAACCCACCAAAGGCCCAUCAGAGGGAGGACUCAAUGUCACCCUGACCAUCCGCCUGCUCAUGCACGGAAAAGAGGUGGGAAGCAUAAUCGGAAAGAAAGGGGAAACUGUCAAAAAAAUGAGAGAAGAGAGUGGAGCACGAAUCAACAUUUCUGAGGGAAACUGUCCUGAGAGGAUCGUCACCAUCACCGGGCCCACAGACACAAUCUUUAAGGCUUUUGCCAUGAUCGCCUACAAAUUUGAGGAGGACAUAAUAAAUUCUAUGAGCAACAGUCCAGCAACCAGCAAGCCUCCAGUGACCUUAAGGCUCGUGGUACCAGCCAGCCAGUGUGGGUCCCUGAUCGGCAAAGGAGGCUCCAAAAUAAAGGAGAUGAGAGAGUCCACAGGGGCCCAGGUCCAGGUGGCCGGGGACAUGCUGCCCAACUCCACAGAACGUGCGGUGACAAUCUCUGGGACGCCAGACGCCAUCAUCCAGUGUGUCAAACAGAUCUGUGUGGUCAUGCUGGAGUCUCCACCCAAAGGUGCCACUAUUCCGUAUCGGCCGAAGCCUGCCUCCACCCCUGUCAUUUUUUCCGGUGGUCAGGCCUACACAAUUCAGGGACAGUACGCCAUACCCCACCCAGAUCUAAUAGGAUGCAUCAUUGGUCGCCAGGGAACCAAAAUCAAUGAGAUUCGACAGAUGUCUGGGGCACAGAUCAAAAUUGCAAACGCCAUGGAGGGUUCGUCAGAGCGGCAGAUCACCAUCACAGGGACGCCCGCUAACAUCAGUCUGGCCCAGUAUCUCAUCAAUGCCAGGUUCAGGGACGUGGCUGCCAUGUGGAAUGACCCCUCGUCCAUGACAACAUCCUGAAGUGACCCCAAAUCUGACCAAACGCACCACUUCAUCAUAUUGGUCCUUUCAUGUGCUUUCCCCUGGAACCGACCUAGACUCCCCGCGUAGUUUAGUGUUUGCCAGACUAGCACCACUGGGAUUGGUUUGAAAUUGAUGUAGCCAGUGCGUUCUUAAAGGAAUAGUCUGACAUUUUAUGAAAUAAGUCUGUCAGUUAAAUAUGAAGCUGAGUCCAGGGUGAUUAGCAUGUUACCGGUAGCACUGACCUGCCAGUUCUCAUGAUGUCAAGACUAGAAGACUGCAAAUUCAGAUUCACCCUCAUUAGUUCCGAGGGCUUUUUGAGCUUUUCCUGUUUUUUCAGCUCAAAAAAUACUAUAUUAUCACUGCAGAAGUCCGUAGCAUACCAGUGUAGCUUCCUCGGUCACACUUAUUGCCUUCAAUGCUAAGCUAACUAGCAAACAAGUAAAUAAGCAUGUUUCCUGAAAUGUCAAACUACUCCUUUAAGCAUUUAUUUAGCAUGCCUCCUUCCAAUAGUACCCUUGUUGUUCUUUUGUUUAUGUUGAGGCUGCAUCCACACACAUUCUGUCUACUACUCUGACUCCACCCAGCAUCCACACUACUUUGGUGUUUUAGAAUCCCUCCAACGGAAACACGGCUGACUGCUUUAGUCUGUAAACCUCAGAAAAAUGUUGGAGGGUUACAUCCAAUCAGUCAUCAAUAGCCUUCCCUGAUUCGUCAAUCCCUUGUCACAUGGUCCUUUCCAAAAGAGACGGACACUGAAGUGAACUAGUACUGAUUAUAUCCACCCACUCACAGUCUCUACCAGAAACUCAGAGUUCUACACUUGAACAAAAACACUACUUUCAUACAAUAAACAGAAACAAACACAAAGGCCCAAUCCCAAUUCACCCUUUGGCCCCUCCCCCUUACCCCUCCCCCUUGGCCCUUGCACUUGGCACUACC